GCGGGGAAGAUGGCGGAUGACAAGGAUUCCCUGCCCAAGCUUAAGGACCUGGCAUUCCUCAAGAAUCAGUUAGAACACCUGCAGCAGCGCAUGGAAGAUGAAGUCAGCAGUGGUGGUCAGAAUGGCUCACUCUUGUCCUCCCCAUUCCUCAAGGGCUUCCUGGCUGGCUAUGUGGUGGCCAAACUGAGAGCCUCUGCUGUAUUGGGUUUUGCCGUGGGUACCUGCACUGGCAUCUACGCAGCUAAGGCAUAUGCUGUGCCCAAUGUGGAGAAGACAUUGAGGGACUAUCUGCAGUCACUGCGAAAGGGUCCUGAUUAGCUCUGAAUCUCAUGGAGGCGGCGAGAAUAGCAGCUGGGUUGUUCCGGAGGAGGCCUUUCGACUACACACGCUGUAUUUGAUUUCCCUCAC